AUGAAUAGAGUUAGUUCAUGGCUGCUGUGUCUACUGGGAUCCUGGCUAGCCAUCACCAGCGGCCAAAAAGAGAACGCCACCCUCUCUACCAUAUCAAUCAACCCAUGCAGUGGAGUCAUUUAUGAGAACGUGUCCCUGUACAAGAGUGACAUCUACACAGUGGUGAACAAUGUAUCUCUUUGUGGGGACAAUUGGAACCCGAACACAACCAAUGGCUUUAGGGUAUACACGUAUGCUGAGAGUGAUGGGAACAACCUGACGCACACACCUGUGGUGUUUGUUGUACGGCAGGACGAGGACGGAAUAAUCUCCUGGACCAUCCCUCUACUGCCCCUAGGAUUCUCGACUCUGUUCUACCAAGUGAACCGUACAGUGUGCCCCAUCUCUCCCCAGCAACCAGGCAACCUUCCCCUCCUCUAUGUAGAUGUCUUCAGCAGCUCACCCACGCCUGUCAACUACACUAUCUCUAUAGAAGCAGUCAAAGACUUUGAGAUCAAAGUUGCCCCAGUAGGACAAGAGCCAGAGUACACUAAGCUGGUGACUGGAGCUACUGCUCCUCAAAUCCUUUAUGUGAGAUUCCCUAAUGACAGUGAUGUGCUGACAGUGCAGGCAUGGACUGAUGACUUCAAGUGUGCUUAUAUAUCCAUCCAGAACAAGUCGUGUCCAGUGAAUGACCUACUGACUACUGCACAGUCUCGAGGCAUCUUUCAGACCAUGAGUACCUCAGCUUUCCUCACUGUCAGGGCGAGUGAGGUUAAUGACAGAGAGUUCCUCAUCGUCAUUAUCACUACCACCUUCUCUGUGUGUCACAGCAAGUACUACGUUCAACAAACACCACUCAGUAUACUCAAUAGCACAGAUCAGUUUGAGCAGGUGUUGGCUGUGCAAGUGAAGCGCCUGCCACCCACCUCCACAUUUGCCCUGGCCAUUGCUCUUCCUGUGAUCAUAUUUGCUGUUGUGUGGAUCAUUGGACUCUUGGUCCCAUUCUUCUGUUGCCCACAACUUCACUGGAUCCCAGUGUGUGGGUGUGCCAGAGCCAAACAACAGGACCAACUGCUGUCAGACGUCACAUCGAAGGCUACUUAUUCUACUAUAGAGAAAAGUGCUCUUCAACGCAAAGAUCGCGAUAUUCUCGAUGGGCCUGACCCCGACAGUGAUGGUAGUAGGGGACAGAGGACAAAGCUGUAUGACGAGUCCUUGGAGAUGAGUGCAAAUGUUGAGGCUGAUGAGAGCAAAUUGAAACUGCCUAGAAUGAGCAAACAGAAAUACAAGAAGAUGAAUGAUCUCUAUUCUGUGUAUGGCUGGAACACUUUCACUGUGGGAAUAUUCUAUGCUCUGCCAGCCUUCCAACUGGUCUUCUCUGAGCAGAGGCUUUUGAACUCUAGUGGCAACCAAGACCAAUGCUACUACAACUUCAAGUGUGCAUACCCAGUGGGUGUUCUGAGUGCCUUCAACAACAUCUGGAGCAAUAUUGGCUAUGUGAUGCUGGGUGCCCUGUUCCUAGUGAUCGUGACCAUACGGAAGUUUCUCUACAAGAGACAGAGAGAGAAGGACAUAGAGUUCGUGGAUACGCAUGGAGUGCCCCAGUACUUUGGUAUCUACUAUGCCAUGGGCAUUGCUCUGAUCAUUGAGGGCGUCAUGAGUGCCUUCUACCACAUCUGCCCCACCAACGCUAACUUUCAGUUUGAUACUGCUUUCAUGUUCAUCAUUGGAGGCCUGUUCCUAGUGAAGGUGUUCCAGAACAGACACCCGGACAUCCACACCAACGCUUUCCUGGCAUUCUUCUCUUUUGCAGUCCUCAUAUUCUUCACAUUGUUUGGCCUGUACUUUGAUCGUGACAACCCGGUGGUGGUUCGACUGAUAAUGUUUCUCCUAGUGCUCGGAUUUAUCUUCCUUCUCUUUAUUUCCUUCUACCACUUCCACCAGUUAAGCCUCAAGAUGAGUGUGCUGAUUCAAGUUCUUAAAAACAUUAAGUCCUACUUCACCACUUGUCCAAGGCAUAAGGGUCGGUUCUUCAAGCUACUAUUUGGGUUCGGAUUGAAUAUAUUCCUGGUGAUCAUGGUGAUUGCUCUGCACACCUUGGUGGACAUUGCAUCCUCAGUGGUCUUGUUCUUCUUUACCAACUUAUUCUACUUUAUCGCUGUCUACACUUUUCAAAAGGUGUGGUAUAAAGAGUCCAUCACUAUUCUCCCCAUCUGUCUGCCACUGCUCAUCGGUGCAUUGUGGGGGACUGCGUUCUGGUUCUUCUUUCAUCAUGUCUCAGACUGGGGCUUGAGUCCUGCUGAAUCUAGAGAGUACAAUAAGGAGUGUAUCCUUCUAGGUUUCUAUGACAACCAUGAUGUCUGGCAUUUCUUGUCAGCCACUGCAAUGUUCUUUUCAUUCCUCUUCGUGCUCGUCUUAGAUGAUGGAGUUGCUAACGUGGAGAGAGAAGAACUGCACAUCUUUUGACUGAAAUCGUUUCUUGUGCAUGUAUUCAUUAUUCCUGUGAAUGAUUUUAUUGUUCAAUCAG